GUUACGGACGUGCCGUGUUUUAUUUUUACCGCGUUUUGUUUCCCUUUCGUUCAUUUCCGUUUAUGAUUUAAGCCACCAUGUCGAAGGGCGACGGUGAACAGCAAAACGGCUCCGGCGAGGAGUCCAAGACCAACCUCAUCAUCAACUACUUGCCGCAGAGUAUGACACAGGAGGAGAUUCGGAGCCUUUUCUCGAGUAUUGGCGAAGUGGAGUCCUGCAAGCUGAUACGGAACAAAGGAGCGGCCUUCCCGGACGCGCUCAACCACGCAUUGCAUGGCGGCGGACAAAGCCUCGGCUACGCGUUCGUCAACUACCAUCGCGCGGAGGACGCAGAGAAGGCCAUCUCCACGCUCAACGGGCUUCGACUCCAGAACAAGACAAUAAAGGUAUCCUUCGCCCGACCUAGCAGCGAGGCCAUCAAGGGGGCUAACUUGUACGUCUCCGGCCUGCCUAAAACAAUGACUCAGACUGAGCUAGAGAGAUUAUUCAGCCCCUACGGCCGUAUCAUCACAUCGCGCAUCCUUUGUGAGAAUUCCGGAGGGCGACCCUUCACCGGAGGGGAACAGGGCCUAUCGAAAGGAGUGGGUUUUAUCCGCUUUGAUCAGCGGGUGGAAGCGGAACGCGCUAUUCAGGAGCUGAAUGGAACAGUGCCUAAAGGAGCGACGGAGCCCAUCACAGUGAAGUUUGCCAACAAUCCGAGCAACAAUGGGAAGGCGCUGGCUCCACUCGCUGCUUAUCUGCCGGCUGCGCUGCGCUUUCCGGCUCCCCUGGGAAGAUUCAGUUCAGGCAAGUCCCUUCUAGCUAUCAAUAAAGGUCUGCAGCGCUACAGCCCGCUGGCCGGAGAGCUGCUCGGCGGGGUCCUGCCGGGUGCCGUGGGCUCGGAGUGGUGCAUCUUCGUGUACAACCUCGCGCCGGAGACGGAGGAGAACGUCCUCUGGCAGCUAUUCGGCCCGUUCGGCGCCGUCCAGAGCGUGAAAGUAAUCCGAGACCUGCAGACGAACAAGUGCAAAGGCUACGGGUUCAUAACGAUGACUAACUACGACGAGGCUGUGGUCGCGAUUCAGUCUCUCAACGGCUACACGCUCGGAAACAGAGUUCUACAGGUCAGUUUCAAGACAAAUAAGAUCAAGACGAUCUAAAUCGUCCCGGACACGGCCUAGCUGGACGCUAGGACGGCACAGCAGGCACGCACCCAUACAUACUCUUUAAUACGGCGAAGGACAUCACCGCUCGCCCCGCCGAAAAGGACCUGACCGGACUGUGUCUUCCCGACUAGACAACCCGCACGUGGGAUAUUUUGUACAUUAAUUGUAUAUUUAAUCGAUUUGCUCAUUGUACCUCUUUGUUCGGCGCUCGCCAUUUCCUCGCAAUUGGGUUAAGUGUUACGGAAAUCAAAAUGGCGGCCCGUUCAGCGCGCAUGUCCGGGUGAAAUGGCGGCCGCCGACCUGGAGACCGAGCGCGCAAUAAUAUUUUAAGACGGAGCAUCUAAUGCUCUAAUCGAUGACAACCAUACAUAUUAAAUAGUCAAUAACAUUAUGACAAUCGACUUCGCUUAUGAAAGGUUGUGGUUAUCGAGAAAUAGUUUUCGAUUAUAAAUAAAAAUAAUUAGCAAUAAUAGCCUAAAGCUAUUCUCACAUAGGCAAUCAUAUCUUAAUAAUGGCCGGCGCGGCUCAAGUCGAUAACGUUUGCCAAAUAAUAUUAUAUUGUCGCUGUUUGCUGUAUGGUCACAUUCGCUCAUGGAUAGGUGCAAACCUAAAUAUCUAGAUAGUAGAAGACCGGCCAAAGCCUCAUGUAUGAGGCUCAAUCCAUCAAAAAUAGAGUUAUUGUUAAAGAUUGGAAAAUAUAUAUUAUCUAUACUCAUAUUUUAAUCAUAUAUUAAUCUAAUUAAGAAUGAAAACUAAUCAAAAACUGUGAUAGGUUUUGAUAAAAUUUUAAAAAUAAAUCUUGAAAGAUCUCGGGAUGCGAACUGAUUCGGCGUAGAGGAUGGUGUACACUGGACCGUUUGAGUAAAUUACUAUAAUACCAUCGCUGAAAAAUUGUUCAUUUAUUACGUACUUAUAUUAAAAGUCGUAAUAUGUCGUUAUGGAAUUGCGCGGCCGUGUACGCCACCGAGGGCGUAGGUAGGUUAGUUUUUGAGAAACAUUUUGAGGUGACUAGAAAUCAGAUUACGCUUAGGGCGGUGUCACAAGGCACGCGCAAUCAAAGGAAGAUGGGAAAAUCGAUUCAGCUGUACUGGGGCGGGCGAGGCGACCCGCGCGCGCCGCCCGCACCAGAGCGAGACGGAAGUCGGCUCUGCCGGUCACUCGGGCGACGUGAACAGUCCGGUGGAACAAUGGUGCAUAACUAGUCUAACGAUAUCGUUUCGUAAAUAAAUCGAUGUCUAAACAUAUUAUGAUCGGUACCUGCUAUAUUAAUAAUGUAUGGAUGCGACCCUGCGUCUAUUCGAAGUAGGCUUUAAUUGUCUUAGUUUAAAUGAAAAUUUGUAAAUAGAAAAAAAAUUGUUUAAAAAUAUAUAAAAUAGAGCUCUCGCGUCAGAUACGCCACCGAACACAUGUAAUAACUUCAACCCGAAAAAACAUCGAACUUGAAUAGAUAUAUUAUCGUGCCGUCCUAACGACCCUACGAUUUUUGUAAAAAAAUAUAUACUUAAUA